AUGGAUCCACUGAGGGCUCAGCAGCUGGCAGCUGAGCUGGAGGUGGAGAUGAUGGCUGAUAUGUACAACAGAAUGACCAGUGCCUGCCACCGGAAGUGCGUGCCUCCCCACUACAAGGAAGCCGAGUUGUCCAAGGGCGAGUCUGUCUGCCUGGACCGGUGUGUCUCCAAGUACCUGGACAUCCACGAGAGGAUGGGGAAAAAGCUGACAGAAUUGUCCAUGCAGGACGAAGAACUGAUGAAGAGGGUACAGCAGAGUUCUGGGCCCGUGUGA